GGCACGACUCUUGCCACUCAGUACUCAACGUUCGACGUUCAACCUCCAGGCUCCCGUCACCACACAACACUAGUGCCCAUCUAACGCGACUCCUGUUCUAUAUCUUCACCUGCCAGUGACCAUGUCUGGUCCCAGCGGCGCAGCAGUGGAGAGUCUUUCUCCGCCACCCCCACGCACAACUCCAGAUGCCGACCUACGUCAAUUGACUCCAAGCAACCGAGACCUCUCUGGGGCGAGCGGACAGCUCCAUAUCCACGGCGUUCGUACUAACGAACUGAUACCUUGUGUCACGGAAGACGUCCACAAAGCACAGCAAUGCGAGGCAGACAAAAUGCUCGAGUACAUACUGAGGCGUGCUUCGGAGACGCCAGAUGACCUUGAGAACUUGGAUAGUUAUACCCUAUUGGGCAGAUGCAUGGAGAAGGUUCUGCCCAUAUGUAAUGAGGAGGUCAAAGAUAUCAACGGAUUCCCGGUCUCGAACAUCAAAACGGCUCUCAAAAAUUACACGACGUGUGAACAGGAGGAUGGCUUGUACCAGUCCUUUGUCCUGGCGUCCAACACUGCUCUUGCGCACCUGCAGAGCCUGGAGAUCGUUGGUAUGCGUAAAACGGAAAGCGCGGAAGUACAGAUUUUCUUUCAGCGCAACGAUCCAGGGGUCAUCUCUCAUAUUUCGGAACGCAAACCAGAUAUCGUCGUUAUUCCAUUCGCGAACACUGGAGCCAGCGACUUGGGCGACCAUGUAUCGACGAUAGGCCCAGGUAAGGCACCCACGGCGACCUCGUGGAAGGAUGUGCUCGGCGUCUUCAAGUUCAAGCGAUCCAAGUCGGUAAUGAGUUCUCCUCCCGCGAAAUACAUCGUGUCCGGGUACCGAGCUUCCAAACCAAAGUUUUUGGAGAUUGGCAAAGAUGGAUAUGAACUGGAAGAAACAGAGCCGCAAGAGGCUCCUGUUGCCAAGGGAGCGACACUCGCAGGACAGACUCCGCGUCCUAACAUCACUCCUGAAAGCACUCGAGCGGCACCCAGGAGACGCAUAUCGGGGGCCGAUUCUGAGUCUCGCGCAAGCAAGCGAUCCAGGACUGAGGAGCCCCGGGAACACGUAACAAUCCAGACAGCGCUGUGCGCUGCUGAAAUGCAUUCCGCCAAUAUUGCGGUGAAGCAUGCCCUCAAUUGUAUUGUUAUAGGCGAUGACAUUUGGAUUUGGUAUUACGACCAUCAAGGCCUCAUCAGCGUGGCAGGGUUCAAUUUUGUUCAAGAUCUCCCUCGCUUUCUGGUGCUGUUAUACGCUCUCCAGCGAUUCAAUUUGGAGGACUGGGGUCGAAACACAGAAUUUCAACCGAAUCUAGAAGGGGACCACAUCAAGUCUCACACUAUCAAGAUCGAUGGAAAAACACUGACACUGCACAACUGGAAGAGACCCACCUGGAUUGGGCCUAGAGGAUGUGGGACUACUGUUAUGGACGUCACCUGCGAUACACUGAAGCUGGAGAAGCCGGGGGAAACGACGGCCGACGCCAUGGUGGCGAAAUUUUCCUGGGCGGAGGAGGCGCGAAAUGAAGAGGAAAAAAUUUUGGAAUACGUUGCGCAAACUGUGGGGAAGGACCGGGACGUUCAAGGACACGUGCCGACCUUGUUCUUCUCGAAGAGGUUUCGGGUUUCCACAUGUACAAUUAGGAGGGCUCUUGGCCUCACGAACCCUGAGAAAGGCAGCCGGACGCUCGUCCUGCUCGUGUUCAAGAAGCUUUCGCCAAUCAACGAGCUCAAAGGCAACGAACUAGUUGACGCGUGGUGGCAGUGUGUUUUGUGUCACCGUGCCCUCUGGAAUGCCGGGAUCCAUCAUCGUGACGUGAGCGUCGAAAAUCUGAUGUACUCUAGGGUGGGAGGCAAGGUGAUGGGCGUCUUAAACGAUUACGACCUUUCGUCUUUGACAGGUUCUCCCAACCCGUUGGAUAACGAGCGGACUGGAACAACACCGUUCAUGGCGAUCGAUCUCCUCGAGGAAGGUGGUCAGAAUGACAAUGUGAAGCACCAAUACCGCCAUGAUAUGGAAUCGUUCAUCUGGGUAUUCAUCUGGAUUUCCCUGCAAUACAAGGACGGCUCGUCGCUAGAGCCCGGACCCCUGGAUUCAUGGGCCAAUGUCCAUGCCCGUAAAUGCGGUGAAUUGAAGAGGAUUUUCCUGUCUGCCGCUGACACUGAAGUGCCUGGCGACAUCAACAACCUCGCUCUUGUGUUGACGCUCGUGUUGUUUCUUUGGGAGCGCCUUGGUGCCCGUAAUGAUUUCAUGAUUGGGAAAAGGCUUGCUCUGUCAAAGCUGCAAGGUAAAAACCAAGAGACUACUGCACAGCUUGAAGGGCUUGUUGAGGAAUUCAACAAUCGGGUCGUUGAGGAAACACAGUUUACAGAGUUCUGUCGCGUAGUGGAGCAGUAUAUUAACAAAGAUCGUGUCCAGUGAAUUUCAUCUGUACAACCUAUGACAUGCCGAAGCAGCACAUCAGGCUUGCCACAGUGACAGAAUAUAUUUGGCUGUAUCAGGGUUCCAAACACCACAGAUUUUCUGAGAUUUUGGGCUGCUUUUAAUGAUGAAUGGAAUUUGAGUGCUGUACUUGAAAUAUAGUUUAUCAUUUGAUGAAUG